AUGAACGAGGAAGGCGGAUAUCUUGGGGCGAUGACCUAUCAAUGCCUUUACAAUCCGGUGCUCGAGAAAAUGAAAGCGUCGAAAAGCGAUGAUCCUCGUGCACACGCGGCGCUGAAUAAAUUGCACCACUCGCUGGCGACGUGCGAGCAAGCGUCGCCGUCGUUUCUAUACGAUCUCACGAAAAUUCUACUUGACGAUUCGGAAUUGAACGUCAACCUUCAGGAAUCGUUUCUUCGCAUGAACGCGUCGUGUCCGACGAAUGAUUUGGUGGUGAGCGGAUAUGAGAAUGUUGAAGAAUAUCAGGAACUCACUCGUCGGGCGAUCGAGCUUCGUCGGGUGCUGUCGCGAGUGCCCGAGGAGAUGUCGGAUCGUCACGCCUUCCUCGAAACGAUCAAACUCAUCGCGUCGUCGAUCAAAAAACUGCUGGAAGCGAUCAAUGCGGUGUACAAAAUCGUGCCGACGCACGCGCAAUUGGCGGUCGACAAGAGGAAACGAGAGUUUGUGCAUUACUCAAAACGAUUCAGCAACACACUCAAAACGUAUUUCAAAGAUCAGAACGCCAAUGAGGUAUCGGUGUCGGCGAAUCAGCUCGUAUUCCAGACGACGAUGAUAAUUCGAACAAUCAACGACAAAUUGAGGCGAAAAUGA